AUGACUGCUAUUAGCCUCCUCCCUCUGUUCUCUGGACCUCAAGUGAUCAUCCGUAUUGGCGAACAUGGCCCCGCGUACCAAGUUUCGAAAGAUAUUCUGUGCGCAGAUUCACCUUAUUUCUCGGCAAUGUUUGCAGCCGGGCAUUUCAAGGAAGGUGCAGAGAACGCAGCCGUACUUGAAGAGAUCGAGGGAGUUGUUACACCCAGAAGCUUCCAGGCUUUGGUGCAAUGGUUGUACAGAGGCCGGGUUGCGUUUCCCGCCUCCCUGCUACCGAUGGAGGAAAUCUCUGAGAUCCUUGAGCUUGUCCGUCUCGCAGAUAUGACUGGAGUGACGGGUAUCGACGACGCUAUGAGCGAACGCCUGAGAUUGAUUUUUGCCUCUUCCACGCCUCCGUGGCGACAAGACAUUGAGCUUCGACAUGGAUCAGGCAGUUCGACGGCGGCUACAUGGGGAUCAGACAUUGAUGAUCUUCCAUUUCCGCAGUUAUUAUUUUCCACCGAUACACAUUCUCAACGUAGCGGAUUGCCUUCAAUUGCUUAUCCCUCCUCCUACGUCGCAAACAGGCUACGCGCAAGGAGUUUUACACAGGAGCACCCACCAUCUUCCGCUGAUGCAGAUUCUCAACGUAGC